AUGGUUGAUGAAUACAAUCAACCGCCAGUUGAAUACAAUCAACGGCCCGUUGAAUAUAAUCAACGGCCCGUUGAAUAUAAUCAAUCGCCAGUUGAAUAUAAUCAACCGCCCGUUGAAUAUAAUCAACCGCCCGUUGAAUAUAAUCAACCGCCCGUUGAAUAUAAUCAACCGCCCGUUGAAUAUAAUCAACCGCCCGUUGAAUAUAAUCAACCGCCCGUUGAAUAUAAUCAACCGCCCGUUGAAUAUAAUCAACCGCCCGUUGAAUAUAAUCAACCGCCCGUCGAAUAUAAUCAACCGCCAGUUGAAUACAAUCAACCGUCCGUUGAAUACAAUCAACCGUCCGUUGAAUACAAUCAACCGUCCGUUGAAUACAAUCAACCGUCCGUUGAAUACAAUCAACCGUCCGUUGAAUACAAUCAACCGUCCGUUGAAUACAAUCAACCGCCAGUUGAAUAUAACCAACCGCCAGUUGAAUAUAACCAACCGCCACUUGAAUGUAACCAACCGCCACUUGAAUGUAACCAACCGCCAGUUGAAUAUAACCAACCGUCAGUUGAAUAUAACCAACCGCCAGUUGAAUAUAACCAACCGCCAGUUGAAUAUAACCAACCGCCCGUUGAAUAUAACCAACCGCCAGUUGAAUAUAACCAACCGCCAGUUGAAUAUAACCAACCGCCAGUUGAAUAUAACCAACUGUCCGUUGAAUAUAAUCAACCGCUAGUUGAAUACAAUCAACCGCCAGUUGAAUACAAUCAACCGCCAGUUGAAUACAAUCAACCGCCAGUUGAAUACAAUCAACCGCCAGUUGAAUACAAUCAACCGCCAGUUGAAUACAAUCAACCGCCAGUUGAAUACAAUCAACCGCCAGUUGAAUACAAUCAACCGCCAGUUGAAUACAAUCAACCGCCAGUUGAAUAUAACCAACCGCCCGUUGAAUAUAAUCAACCGCCAUUGAAUAUAAUCAAUCUUAAAUAUAAUCAACCGCCAGUUGAAUACAAUCAACCGCCAGUUGAAUACAAUCAACCGCCAGUUGAAUACAAUCAACCGCCAGUUGAAUACAAUCAACCGCCAGUUGAAUACAAUCAACCGCCCGUUGAAUAUAAUCAACCGCCCGUUGAAUAUAAUCAACCGCCCGUUGAAUAUAAUCAACCACCCGUUGAAUAUAAUCAACCGCCCGUUGAAUAUAAUCAACCGCCCGUUGAAUAUAAUCAACCGCCCGUUGAAUACAAUCAACCGCCAUUUAAUACAAUCAACCUUGAAUACAAUCAACCGCCAGUUGAAUACAAUCAACCGCCAGUUGAAUAUAACCAACCGCCAGUUGAAUAUAACCAACCGCCAGUUGAAUAUAACCAACCGCCCGUUGAAUAUAACCAAUUGCCCGUUGAAUAUAACCAACUGCCCGUUGAAUAUAAUCAACCGCCAGUUGAAUACAAUCAACCGCCAGUUGAAUACAAUCAACCGCCAGUUGAAUACAAUCAACCGCCAGUUGAAUACAAUCAACCGCCAGUUGAAUACAAUCAACCGCCAGUUGAAUACAAUCAACCGCCAGUUGAAUACAAUCAACCGCCAGUUGAAUAUAAUCAACCGCCAGUUGAAUAUAAUCAACCGCCAGUUGAAUAUAAUCAACCGCCAGUUGAAUAUAAUCAACCGCCAGUUGAAUACAAUCAACCGUCAGUUGAAUACAAUCAUCGGCCCGUUGAAUAUAACCAACCGCCCGUUGAAUAUAAUCAACCGCCAGUUGAAUACAAUCAACCGCCAGUUGAAUACAAUCAACCGCCAGUUGAAUACAAUCAACCGCCAGUUGAAUAUAACCAACCGCCCGUUGAAUAUAACCAACCGCCCGUUGAAUAUAACCAACCGCCCGUUGAAUAUAAUCAACCGCCAGUUGAAUAUAAUCAACCGCCAGUUGAAUAUAAUCAACCGCCAGUUGAAUAUAAUCAACCGCCCGUUGAAUAUAAUCAACCGCCCGUUGAAUAUAAUCAACCGCCCGUUGAAUAUAAUCAACCGCCAGUUGAAUAUAAUCAACCGUCCGUUGAAUACAAUCAACCAUCCGUUGAAUACAAUCAACCAUCCGUUGAAUACAAUCAACCUUCCGUUGAAUACAAUCAACCUUCCGUUGAAUACAAUCAACCGUCCGUUGAAUACAAUCAACCGUCCGUUGAAUAUAAUCAACCGUCCGUUGAAUACAAUCAACCGCCAGUUGAAUAUAACCAACCGCCAGUUGAAUAUAACCAACCGCCACUUGAAUGUAACCAACCGCCAGUUGAAUAUAACCAACCGCCAGUUGAAUAUAACCAACCGCCACUUGAAUGUAACCAACCGCCAGUUGAAUAUAACCAACCGCCAGUUGAAUAUAACCAACCGCCAGUUGAAUGUAACCAACCGCCAGUUGAAUAUAACCAACCGCCCGUUGAAUAUAACCAACCGCCAGUUGAAUAUAACCAACCGCCCGUUGAAUAUAACCAACCGCCAGUUGAAUAUAACCAACCGCCCGUUGAAUAUAACCAACUGCCCGUUGAAUAUAAUCAACCGCCAGUUGAAUACAAUCAACCGCCAGUUGAAUACAAUCAACCGCCAGUUGAAUACAAUCAACCGCCAGUUGAAUACAAUCAACCGCCAGUUGAAUACAAUCAACCGCCAGUUGAAUAUAACCAACCGCCCGUUGAAUAUAACCAACCGCCCGUUGAAUAUAAUCAACCGCCAGUUGAAUAUAAUCAACCGCCAGUUGAAUACAAUCAACCGUCAGUUGAAUACAAUCAACCGCCAGUUGAAUACAAUCAACCGCCAGUUGAAUACAAUCGACCGCCAGUUGAAUAUAAUCAACCGCCAGUUGAAUAUAAUCAACCGCCAGUUGAAUAUAAUCAACCGCCAGUUGAAUAUAAUCAACCUCCAGUUGAAUAUAAUCAACGGCCCGUUGAAUAUAACCAACCUCCAGUUGAAUAUAACCAACCGCCCGUUGAAUAUAACCAACCGCCCGUUGAAUAUAACCAACCGCCCAUUGAAUAUAACCAACCGCCCGUUGAAUAUAACCAACCGCCAGUUGAAUAUAAUCAACCGCCAGUUGAAUAUAAUCAAUCGCCAGUAGAAUAUAAUCAACCGCCAGUUGAAUACAAUCAACCGCCAGUUGAAUACAAUCAACCGCCAGUUGAAUACAAUCAACCGCCAGUUGAAUACAAUCAACCGCCACCAGUUGAAUACAAUCAACCGCCAGUUGAAUACAAUCAACCGCCAGUUGAAUACAAUCAACCGUCCGUUGAAUACAAUCAACCGCCCGUUGAAUAUAAUCAACCGCCCGUUGAAUAUAAUCAACCGUCCGUUGAAUAUAAUCAACCACCCGUUGAAUAUAAUCAACCGCCCGUUGAAUAA